GCCCAUCACUAGUUUAUUUAUGUAAACCGAUUUUCUUGGAAAUGUUAUGGACCUAAUUGUGAAGAGAAGCGAGAUGCACACGAAGCCAAAACAGAGGAAUAGAUCUACAGCUUGAUCAUCUUAAUUUCCACGAAAACUAACGAUGCCUCAUGUGCGUUUGAAGACUUCUCUUCGUGCUGAUGUUCAUCUCGCACCUUGCAUGAACAAGAAAUGCAAACGCAAGCUUCAGAGACUUGUUGCAGGGCUUAAAGCCAAUAAUUUGACAUGUGUGUCUAGGACUGAAUAUCCUGAUUGUGGCAAGUAUCUUACAUGGUUUGAGCAAGCGUUUAAAAAAUGUACCUUCACAAUAAUCCAUCGAUGCCCUGAUUUGUGGGGAAAAAUAAAGUCUUUUGAAUCAGUUUUUUCUGAGGAAAUGAAGGUAAGAACAGUUGAAAUUCAUGACCCAAUGUUGGAAAUGGAUCCGGAAACAACCUCUGAAGAAGAAAGAAAGUUAUUCAAUGACUUUUUUGAUCAGCGUAUGACAUGUGAUGUUAUAGAUGAGGAAGAUCUGAAUGAAUUUGGAAUUCGCGUGUAUGAAGACCUUGAAGGGUAUCGCGAAGAAGAGCCAACCAGCACAACUGAGGAACAAUUACCAUCUUUUGUAACUGAGAGCAGUAGUGUGCCAAGUCCAUUGAGGUCAGCACCACAAAGACAGGCCCCUGUCAAAGAGUCGUCUACUCCAGUGUUGACUGCUCAAGUUGUACCUGAGGUGUCUUUUUCUGGGAUAAGACAGGGAAAGGCAGAUUGCCCUGAGGAAGAUACAAAGGAGGCGGAUAUAUUUGAGGCCUACACUGAUGUAUUCGGGGAAAAGAAUCUACCGCAAAUGUUUGUUAGGAAGUCAUGCUUGGAGCUCUCGGGCCACGAAGAGUUCUCUUAUGCCAACCCCGAGGAUUACCUGCAGAUGAGAACAAAGAUUGAUGAGAACAAAAACAGCUUGACAGCCAUCAUGACCACCAAGUACAUCAUGCACCAGGUCCUUCCUACAAUGUACUCCCAGCAUAAUCUAAUGGGACUGGCAUGCAUAGCUACUUGUGAGGUGCAUGUUCUGAGAGAUAGAGCUCUCACCCUCCUGGAGAUGGCAUUUCUUCAAUACAUCAGAAGUGGGGAGCGGAUGCUCAACUUUGAUGAUCUAGAGAAUAUUGGGGGCCUGUUGCACACAGCCUUGACCGACUUCAGGAACAAACACCGUCUGGACAACUUGAACCAGGCUCUUUUGUCCACCAUCUGCAGAAUGUCCAACGUGUAUCUGAUGUUGAUGUGUGAGAUAGUGAGCCUCAGUACAGAAAGCUCUAAUAAUAAGGACAAAUGCGCAAACUUUUUUAACACCAAGAAGGGUCAAUUACUAGCUUUAAAAACCACUUCUGAUGUGAAUAGGGACUUGAAAAAUGUGGAUGACUUUGUUGAAGCAGUAGAUCACUCUUCGUGUGUGCUUGUUCGACAAAAUUCAAAUUUAUUCCUCGGUGAAAAGCCUUCAAAACCAAAACACCUGCUGAAAGAAAUGUUUCCAGUGCAAAUCACUGUAGUGUUUGAAGCGUUGAAAAAGACCUUUAACUCCUGGGAUCCUUUCAUCAUUGACUUUUUAAAGGGAUAUUUGGAAUCAAAGUCAAAAAGUGGUGUGGUGAAGAAGAAGCCUCUGGAAGUUCCUGCAGCAUGCAACUACAUGCUACUCCAGGGCUUGACACACUUUUUAAUGUAUCAGUCCCGCCAUGUCACAAUACGAAAGAUAAACAGCUUGUACGAACAUGUCAUGACAGUCAUAGAAAUUCUUUUGGAUCAUCCUGACAAUAAGGCUCGGGCUGAUAGCUUCUACCUGCGCUUGCUCUGUGACAAUAAGCCGCUGGUCCAGGAGCUCAUUCUGGACAAGGUGAAAGCCAUGCCUGGCUUGAAAAGAGAGCUGCUUGAAGAAAUUAAGCAUUUGUUGCUUCCCCUGCUCAUCGUUGAAGAAACCAAUCAGCCACAUCAGGACAGUAAAUUACAAGGUGCGUGGUCCAUAACGUCAGGCAAAUUUGACAACACCCGGGUCCUGAUUCAUGUGAACCAACUGCCUGAGACGUUUCCUCGACAGGAGAAUGGACAGAGCCCCAAGACUUAUCAUAACUUUCCCCUGACAGAGCUGCAGCGGCUGAAACAGUUGCAGCACAGCAACAUCAUUCAGAUGUUUGUGUUCCAGGAGAAUAGUGUGCUACAGCUCUACGUGUGCGAGGAUUACAGGCGCAUGAAUCUGCAGACUGCUCUGGUGAAACACAGCUUGGAUAAAUCUUUCUUCCCGAGACCACGUUUAUUCCAGUAUCUUAUUGAAGGUUGCUCUGCCGUGGCCUAUUGUCACUCCAAAAAUUUUGUUCACUGCAAUUUGACUGCAGCCAGUCUGUGCUUGAGUGGGGAGCAUGUGAAGCUUUGUGGGUUUCAGCUGUGUCAGGAGACCUCAUCUGGCAAAUACAUCAGCCACAAUAAUACCGGAAUUCCAACCCGCUGGAGUGCUCUAGAGUCGUUGAGUAGCAGUGAGUAUAGUCAGGCCAGUGACUGUUGGAUGCUGGGACAUUUGAUAUAUGAGGUUCUCACUCAUGGACUUUUACCUUACGGGCACGAGACGGACAUUCAGGGUCUGGUGAAGAAGAUAUGUUGCAAAGAGAUUGCUCUUUCACAAGAGAGAUGCUUUGAGAAAGAGACCUGGAAUUUGAUAUUGGACUGCACAAAACCUGAUUCCACAUAUAGACCUUCUGUGAAUACUAUAAUUCAUGUACUAAAGAAAGUUGCUGAUGAGACUGAAGGGCAUGCCAGUGAGCUGUACCCUGUGCUGACGGAUAAGUACCGGAGACCCUCCACAGACUAUGAAGUGGGUAUGAACAGACCCCCAGAUUUCUACAUUCCAACAGUAGUGCCCAUUAAGAAGGAUAUUGUGUCAGUAUCUGACAGAAUAUCCCGCUGCACUUUGGAAGAUCAGUAUGUUUUCACAGAGAAACUUCUGCACAAAUGGCCUUCAGACAUGAUCGUGAAAAUACAGUUGGGCGAAGUGAAAGAAGUCCUGCCAGUGGUACUGGUCUAUGAGAAUGAAAGAGAAUUUCCACAUGUGGAAAUUAAGAUCCCAUCCUCAUGCCUUGGGCCUAUGUCCAAUGUGACCUCUGACCUGAAAAUGGGUCAAGAGCUUGGCCCCUAUGUCUAUUGCUUCCUUCUAGUGGCCCGACUACUGGUCAAGCUGCACACAUUAUCCUGGGUCAUCGGGGAUCUCUGUCCAGGAAAUACUUAUGUAGAGUCUCUUCCCUCAGAGGAAGUCAAGGUGUAUUUCACUUCUCUGACACACCUGAACUAUUCUCGUAGCUACACAGAGGGAAACAUUCCAGAAGACAAGAAUGUUCCAGAAGAUUCAGAAGUCUCUGACAGGGCUGCCCCUGAGGUGAAGAGGGGAGGUCUCUUCUCCCCGGCAAGUGACGUGUACUGUUUUGGCAUUUUCAUGCGGGAUGUUCUAGCUGUUCAUGACAAAGCCAAGGACAAACUGAAUGACAGGACUGACAAUUCUCUGGGUGGAGCCCAAGUGGAAUUUGACCAAACAAAAGAAGCAGACCCCAAUAGCGGUAUAGAGAGUCUUCAAGAUCUUAUCAAGCAGUGUGAUUCCUUCACAUCGAGAGAUCGUCCUACUGCUGAAGUUAUAGUGACAACACUCCAGCAAGUGCUCACUGAAGAACUGAGCUACAAUGUGCCAGAGGCCUCUCCACGGGAGACCCCAGAAAGUGAUGUUUAAUCUUAGCU